AUGCAUUGGCCACGGAGGAGGCGGCUGCGAAGGAACCGAAUCCUUUUCUUCCUCGCCACGGUGUUGAUCCUCUCUCUCUACCAGCUCCAGUUCAGCCCCUCUGCCCUUCCAGCGUCACACACAGCCCCCCAGCCCACGGACCCUGUCACAGUGACCUCCAGGGACCCUCCCAGCAACAAGACUGCUGGGAGAGGCAAUGCCACAGCACCCAAAAUAAGGCACUGUAUAUAUGUGGAUGCCGAGCCAGCCGUGCCCGUCACUACCCCAGUGGAUACAACCCCCCAGCAAGAAAACACCAGUGAAAGCCACCCAGACAAAAAACCACCCCACGAGUCCAAAGGAGAAUACCCCCAGGACCUGUUCAGCGUGGAAGAACGCAGGCAAGGGUGGGUUGUCCUUCACAUCUUUGGCAUGAUGUAUGUGUUUGUGGCCCUGGCCAUAGUGUGCGAUGAGUAUUUUGUCCCCGCCCUGGGAGUGAUCACAGAGAAGCUGCAGAUCUCUGAAGACGUGGCUGGAGCCACCUUCAUGGCAGCAGGUGGAUCAGCACCAGAACUCUUCACCUCCCUCAUAGGUGUCUUCAUCUCCCACAGCAAUGUCGGCAUCGGUACCAUUGUGGGCUCAGCAGUGUUUAAUAUCCUCUUUGUCAUUGGCACCUGUGCCCUCUUCUCCAGGGAGAUACUCCACCUGACAUGGUGGCCCUUAUUUAGAGACAUCUCAUUCUACAUUGUAGACUUACUGAUGCUCAUCCUGUUUUUCCUAGACAGUGUCAUUGAUUGGUGGGAAAGCCUCCUUUUACUGACUGCCUAUGCCACAUACGUAUUCACCAUGAAACAGAACGUCUUCCUGGAGCAAUGGGUGAAGCAGGAGCUGAACAAGAAGCUCAGUGCUGUGCAGGCAGCAUCAGCAGAGCAUGUGAGAAAGAAAAGCACUGGGGCAGCGGCAGAUGAUGGAACAAAGAAGCCACCAGAUGUGAGGAAGCUGCAGCCUGGGCCAGCCCUGCAGCGGGGCAGCAGCUCAGCCUCCCUGCACAACUCCCAGAUGCGCGGCACCAUCUUCCAGCUCAUGAUCCACACCCUGGACCCCCUGGCAGAAGCAAAAUUUAAAGACAGGGUUGACAUCCUGAGCAACAUGGCCAAGAGCAAAGCCAAGGCAGAGAGCCUGGAUGGACAAGGCCCACAGCCAGAAGAAGAGGAAAAGAAGGCCCCAAGCAGCAUCCAGGUGACUCCUGCCCGUGACUCUGAGCCCACACAGAAGGCAGAUGCACCACAGGGUGGACAGCCCCCAUCGAGCAGUGACAGCUCAGAAGACAGCAGCUCUGAGAGUGAGGAAGACAGCGAUGAGGACAGCACAGAUGAUGAUGAAAACGAUGAGCCCUUAUCUCUGGAAUGGCCAGAAACGAGGAGAAAACAAGCCAUUUACCUUUUCCUCUUCCCCAUUGUCUUUCCUCUCUGGAGCACCCUGCCUGACGUCAGGAACCCUGACUCAAAAAAAUUCUUUGUCAUCACGUUUUUUGGAUCCAUCCUCUGGAUUGCUGUGUUCUCUUACCUCAUGGUGUGGUGGGCUCACCAGGUUGGGGAAACAAUUGGGAUAUCAGAGGAGAUUAUGGGGUUGACCAUCCUGGCAGCAGGAACAUCCAUCCCUGACCUCAUCACCAGUGUCAUCGUGGCCCGGAAAGGCCUGGGGGACAUGGCUGUGUCCAGCUCUGUGGGCAGCAACAUCUUUGACAUCACUGUUGGCUUGCCAGUUCCCUGGUUCCUUUUUUCUGUCUUCAACGGCCUCAGCCCCGUGGCAGUGAGCAGCAAUGGUUUGUUUUGUGCAAUUGUUCUCCUUUUCCUCAUGCUCCUGUUUGUGAUUAUCUCCAUCGCUGUCUGUAAAUGGAAAAUGAACAAAAUACUGGGGCUCACCAUGUUUGCUCUUUACUUUGUGUUUCUGAUCAUCAGUGUGAUGUUAGAGGACAAGAUAAUAUCCUGCCCAGUAUCUGUAUGAUGUGUGGACACUUCAAGACGUGUGUGUGAGGACACAGCAACAUCAGAAGGGGUUUAAGGUAGCAAACGUUCCACUGAAAAAAAAAAGAACCAGAAUUGUAACAAACUUACUGGGAAUAAAAUAUCUUUAACAUACUAAAAAAUAAAUAAAUCUCAAGUGGUAUGGCAGCCUCUGCUGU